AUGAUCACACUCCACCACCUCGAAAACUCCCGCUCAAUACGCAUCAUCUGGGUCCUUGAGGAGCUCGGCAUAGAGUACGAUCUCAAGACCUACAAGCGCCUUCCCUCCGGUUUAGCUCCACCUGAGUUGAAGCAGGUCGACAAACUAGGUCAUGCGCCAAUUCUCGUCGAUGGAUCCACCAGCCUUUCUGAAUCUGGCGCUAUAAUCGAGUACCUUGUGUCUAAAUAUGGCGCUGGCAACUACACUUCCCCUGAUGAUGUUUUCUGGAAACACUACAUCGAGGGCAGUCUAAUGAGUUUCUGCGUCUUCAAACUCGUUCUGUCCAUUUCCAUCGAGAAGAUCCCCGUUCUUCUUCGUCCGGUUAUGGCCGUCGUUCCGCGUAUGAUCUUGAGCCAGUGGGUUGAGCCUAAUCUCGCAAGCGCUAUCAAUGUCGUCGAGAAUCAGCUCAGCAACAAGCAGGGUUGGCUCGUCGAUGGCGACUCACGCGGCAAUCCUACCAUCAGCGACUUUAUGCUCGCUUUCUCGGUAGAUGUACUCGUUUAUGGCGGUAGAGCUGACAACCUCGGCCCGGGUUUGCAGUCUUAUGCUCAGCGUCUCCAUCAACACCCCUCAUACGUCAAGGCUAUCGAGAAAGCAGGUGAUUAUCGCUACCAGAAGAAGGAAAAUUGA